UAACAGUUGAAGUAUUAAACUAUUGCAAAGUUCAAGUGAUAUAUAGAACAUUAUAGAGCACAUGAUAUAAUAAGUUCCAACUUAUGAAUUAAUUGUUUCGUUUUUCGUUUAUUGUGAUAACAUUAUUGUACAUCGAACUUGUCAUUGAAAAAACGUAUACACUAAUGAUACGUGUAUGUUUAUACAUGUUUAUAUUAGUAUAUUGAGCAUCGUGUAUUUAAAUGACAAUCUAAUUUUCUACCGGAUUUAUGUAAAUAGUGUGUUGAACAAUAGUUCUUUAAAAUACAAUGAAGAAUUAUACUUUGUAUUUACAUGUUAAUAGGUUAACAAAUUUCAUGUGAAGGAUUUAUAAAUUACAAGAAAUUUUAUAAUAUAUGUAAAUGCCAUAUUACUUUUAUUGAUAAUUAAAGAUAAUUUGUUUGUUUCAUUAAAUAUGGCUGAUUUUGAUAUGGAAGAUUCUUUAACUAAGUUAAAUACUCAAUUGAAUAAAAGCAUGGUCCUGAUGGACGCCAUAGAAACUGAAACAUCUCAACGAAAAAGUAAUAAAUCUAUAAAGAUCAAUACAAAAAUUCAACGUACCAGCCUUAAUAAUUUACCUACAUCUAGAAAAAGCAUUUUGAAAAGACCUGAAAAAGACAAAAGAAAUGUAGUAGAAGCAGAAAAUAAUGAAGAAACUUUAAGUGAAACAAAUGACAAUAGACUAUCAUUGAAUGUGUCUACUGUAAGACCACAUAACAUCAAUGAUUUAGUACAACAAGAAGACUUAAUUGUAGAAACCACAGAUACAACAUUCGACUUGGAUGAUUUAUCUGAUAGUGAAGAUGUAUGGAUUAUGGAUAUUCCUGGAACAGUAAAUCCACAAGAACUUAAAGGUCAAAGUUUAGUAUUUGGAGAAAAAUCUAAAUUUAAAAUUAAUGAGGAGAAAUACUAUGCAGUGAAUCAUGAAGUUAAAUGUAAUGUUACAUGUGUUUUCCAUACUGGCAAAAUGAAAUCACGAUAUAAAACUGUUAAUAUGAAGCCAGCAGGCACAAUUACUGUCAGACGAAAACUUUCAAACAUUUCAAAAAUUAAACCAAUGCUGACAGAAAACUGCAGUGUACCAUUCCCAAAAAAUUUGAGAACACGACAUCCAUUAUUUGGUGUAGAUUAUAAAGGUAACAUCAGUAUCGUUCAAUAAAGUAAUUAAUCUAGAAGCAAAAAAUGGUAAUGGAAAAUACAAUAUUAUAUAUCGUACUUUGCUUAAGCACUAUAUAUUAUUGGUAAAUUGUAUAAUACAUUAACCAUUAAAAAUUUUUGCGUUUAUUUAUAAGAAGUUAAAUUAAUAGACAAAAAUAAAUACAAAUAAUUUUACCCAGAUGAGGCAAACUGUAAAAUUAGGUUUUUGUAUUUUAUAAUAAAAUGUAAUACUUGAUUGUAGAUUAUCAUAUCAAAAUAUUAUUAUGUCCUAUAUCAAUGACAAAUGUAACAUGAAUUUCACAUUUAAUUGAUUUAAAUAAUUUUAAAGUAUAAAAUUCGUCCAAUGAGAAUAUCCUAUUUUGUUCAAUGCUAG